AUGCUGCAGGUCACAGCAUCCCCGGACAGAUGGACGGCGAAAAUUCUCGCAUACCCUUGUUUCGAUGCAGCGUUCGUGUCUGCUCUGCUGGGUACACAGCUUGCAAAUCUGCAGGUAGUGCUCGCAAUGGAGGUCGAGACUCCGGGUAUGUUCGCCCAGAAGGUCUACGAGUGGACCUCGAAGCUGGCUCCUGAGGCUCACGAGGCGUUCGCAGCGAGGCCCCAGAUGCUCGAACAGUUCUACAUCUUCGCAAAGGCCGCUGAGACGCUCUUUGAGGAGUCGCUCGGCUACCAGAUGGGGUUCUCCCGCUGCGAGAAGAUCCCGCGGCAGCGCAGCUCGCGCUCGAUCGCUGAGUUCCAGCGAGACAUGGCGAUUCGGGCUUUGGCGGAGAAUGCCGAGAAACAGAAGUGGGCUAAGAGGCUCAAGGCCAUCGCUGAUCGGGCAGGUGAUCAUGCGAAGCCAAAGGCCCCAGAUCACGGACUGCUCACUGCUCUCUCCGGAGGAGAAAGCUCGCCUCCAGUUGCUGGUUUUCACUUCAGGGGCUCCAUCGACAAUGUCGAAUCAUAUUCGCCGAUUCGAGAAGUUCGAAUCGUGGGCCCAUCGGUCGGGAGCGCAGUUCUACCCCAUUACCAACGAUCUGAUCCUAAAGUAUGCCAUCGAGCUCGACGGCAUGGAGUGCGGACCAACGGUGCUGCCAUCCCUUCGGAUGGCGUUGCGCUGGGUCUCAUUCAGGACAAAUAUCGCUCUCCCUUCUAUCGAUUCGUUGUUCCCGACGUGGCUUUCUCUCGGGCUACAUGGUUCAAGGUCGGCUUGGAGCUCUUCGAGCUGGAGUUCCCUCUCGUGGAGCGAGAUUUCUGGAUCCCAGAUCUGGAAACAAAGGAGAAGUGGCGGGAGACACCACCUGACUACGCGAGAUCGUUGCAGUCCUCACUGCCAGCCCUUAUGAUCAAGGACCUGGUCGCGGAAAUUUCCAAGGACUUCACCCCACAGUGUGCUCUGGCGGACGACGUCAUCGACGACUCUGACGAUCGCGAGGCUACUUUGACGGAGUUCUUUAUCAAGGAGAUCGCUUGUAAACGCGCGAUCACCCCAGAGUUUGUGCACAUCGGCUCUGUUCUUCCGGAGGUCUUGGCGAAUCACACCGCCGAGCUCGAGAAGUUCAAACAGGCGGAGCGCGUGCCGCACGAUCCCUACGUCGUUCGGGAUCUUGGCCCAUGGGCUCUUGAGAUAUUUGCAGGGACAGCUCGGCUGACAUCUCAUUGGCGCUCGGCCGGCCUGCUCGUGCUCCCCCCGAUUGACGUCACGAUUUCCGGCCAGGUCUAUGAGUCUGUCGAUCUGCUCGACGACAAGGUCUUUCAGCGAGUUCUGCUACUUUGCCGGGUGGGUGCCAUUGCAUUUCUGCACUUGGGGCUCCCUUGCUCAACUUUUAGUCGCGCCCGCUCUCGGCCUGGAGGUCCUCCGCCACUGCGCUCGCUAGCGCAACCUCUCGGUCUGCUCUCUGUCGACCAUGGAUUUCGAGAUCAGCUGGAUCGCGCAAAUUUACUCAUGCAGCGCUCCAUCGAUCUGCUCGAGGCGACGAUUGUGGCAGGUGGUGAUGCCUCUCUCGAGAACCCCCUCACCAGUCUCUUGUGGCAAGUUCCUGACAUUCAACAGCUCAAGGUGCGGUUCCAUCUCUACAACCUGGACCUUGAUCAGUGUGAGUUCGGUAAGCAUAAGCACCUUCCGCUCAAAGGCAAGGUUCGCCAAGCAAAUGGGUCUUGGGUCUUCGCGACCAAGCCGGCUCAGGAAUAUCCGCUGCCUCUCUGUGCUGCUCUUGCACAGAUGGUGGAACAGGUCGUGCAUGCAUGCCUGCCCCAGUUCCAGGCCUCCUUUGAGCUCGUGGCGCCGAAGCAAGAUCGCAAGCGCAAGCUCGGCCAGGCGGUCAACUGGAAAGGUCAUCGGCAAGAACAAGCAGCUCGCUUGGCCGCCUCGUCUGGCUACCAGCUCAAACGUGGUGCGGCCAAGCCGUUGCUCGAUGUCGAGUGUGAACCAGGCGUGGCAAUUCGCUGGGCCCUCGGGAUCCCGCACCCCUGUACAGUUCAGCCUGACGUGCCGCUCGAGCUCAUCACAAACAUAGAUCGAAUCGCGGCUCGCCCUCUUUGGCUGGUCGACUAUCGGAUCAAGCAGCUCGACUACUGGCACGCUCGUGCCGUAGCUUUGUUGGCGGACACAGACCGGGAGCUCCGAGCCAUUCCGGACCCGGCACUUCGCCGUCUUCUUCGAGGUGCUCCAGAUUAUGCUGAUCUCCAGCUGGGUCAUUGCACGCACGUCAAGCUCUAUGAUGAACUCCUCGCGGCCGCUCGCUGCCAAGAUCUUUCUCUCUUGCAGGGCAUUCGCCAAGGGUUCCCGAUCGUUGGCCAAAUCCAAAGGUCUGGUCGUUGGCCGCCGUACGAAAAGAAGCAAUCGCCUGUGACGAUCGAAGCUGAGUCCAGGGCCUGGGAGUUUCGUUCCAAGAUCUUCAAACGGUGCCAGGCUGUGCCGGUUUCUGAUAAUCUGCGAUCGCUCUGGCAAGCGACUAUGGAGGAUGUCAUGGAAGGAUCGACCGUGGGUCCUUUUCAGGACGAAAGUUCAGUGACAGAGUUCCUUGGUUGCUCGGACUGGAUCCCGACACAGCGGUUCGAAGUGGUUCAAAAGAACAAAGUCAGAGGGUGCGACAGUGCUACUUCGAACCUUGUCAAUAAGACGGCGGUGAUCACCGAGAAGUUGCAGCUCCCGAACACGGAUCUCAAUGUCUCGGUGGUCCGCGAGCUCCGGACUCGAGUGGGCGAUCGUCCGCUACGCGGGUGGGUUCUUGAUGAGCGCAAGGCCUACCGCCAGCUCCCAAUCGCCCCUCGGCAUCGGAAGUUCAGUGUCAUCUGUUUGAAGGACCCCAGCGACGAUCGACCGAAGUUCUUCGUCAUGAUCGGCCACUCGUUCGGGCUCGUGUCGGCAGUCUACAACUACAACCGCCGAUCGGCGGCCCUGAACGAUGUUUUUGUUAAGCUCUUCUACAUGGUCGCUUUUAAUUUCUAUGACGAUAAGUACGGGUUCGAGACGGAUCUGACUGCGUCUUCAGCGAAGCUCGUUGCAGAAAAGAUCCAUUUCUUCCUAGGCGCGUCGUUCGAUCAGAAGAAGCUACAACUUUCGGAAUCCCCGGUGAUCUUAGGGGUUACGUUCAACUUGGACGAGUUCCUCCUUGAGAUCAAAGAGGAUCACAGCUCAGAUCGCAUGGAGCUGAACGAAGCUCUGAGACGAUCGUUGAUCUACUGGAAGUUCCUGAUCAAUUCGGGCGGCUGGUUGGCAGACAGUUCUCUGCUCAUGGCCAUCCGCUCUCGCGUAAAAUGGUCUGGGCCUGGGAGUUGCACCGAUUGCUCUUUCGAGCGAUGUGACUGCUGA